UUGGAGCAGCAAGGGCCUAGCCAACUGGAUUGGCUGUGGAAGGGAGGCAGGUGGAGGCACACGUGUGAGUUGCCAUGAUCUGGGGUAUAAGACGGCUGAGUGGCAGCUGCUUGGUGGUUACCGGUGGAGGUAACUUUGUAGAUGCCAUGGGGCUGAGCUAUGGGCUCUUCGUCUGCCUUCUGCUCUGGGGAGGCACAGAGCUGUGCUACCCCCAGCCCAUCCAGCAGGCUGGGACCCACCAUCCCCAUCCCAUGCCAUCUAAGCUGCCGGUGGUGGUGGAGUGUCUGGAGGCCCAGCUGGUGGUCACUGUCAGCAAAGACCUUUUUGGUACCGGGAAGCUCAUCCAGUCUGCAGACCUCACCCUGGGCCCCAAGAACUGUGAGCCACUGGUCUCUAUGGACACAGAAGAUGUGGUCAGGUUUGAGGUCGCACUGCAUGAGUGUGGCAACAGCGUGCAGGUGACUGAGGACGCCCUUGUGUACAGCACCUUCCUGCUCCACAACCCCCGCCCCGUGGGAAACCUGUCCAUCCUGAGAACUAACCGCGCCGAGGUUCCCAUCGAGUGUCGCUACCCCAGGCAGGGCAACGUGAGCAGCCAGGCCAUCCUGCCCACGUGGGUGCCCUUCCAGACCACGAUGUUCUCGGAGGAGAAGUUGGUUUUCUCUCUGCUCCUGAUGGAAGAGGACUGGGGCGCUGAGAAGAGGUCCCCCACCUUCCAGCUGGGAGAAAUAGCCCACCUGCAGGCCGAAGUCCACACGGGCAGCCACGUGCCACUGCGACUGUUCGUGGACCACUGUGUGGCCACGCUGACACCAGACCGGAACGCGUCCCCUUAUCACACCAUCGUGGACUUCCACGGUUGUCUCGUGGAUGGUCUCUCCGACGCCUCUUCUGCUUUCAAAGCCCCCAGACCCGGGCCAGAGACUCUCCAGUUCAUGGUGGCUGUGUUCCACUUUGCUAAUGACUCCAGAAACAUGGUAUAUAUCACCUGCCAUCUGAAGGUCACUCUGGCUGACCAUGUCCCAGACCAACUAAACAAAGCCUGUUCCUUCAGCAAGUCCUCGAAUAGCUGGUCCCCAGUAGAAGGCCCUGCUGACAUCUGUCAAUGCUGUGGCAACGGUAGCUGUGGCACUCCGGGCCAUUCCGGCACGCAGUCCCGCACAGUGAGACAGUGGCACAAGUCUGCUUCCCGCAAUCGCAGGCACGUGACAGAAGAAGCAGACGUCACGGUGGGGCCGCUGAUCUUCCUGGGAAAGGCCAGUGACCGUGCUGAGGAGGGGUCGACCUCUUCUCCCGCCUCUGUGAUGCUGGGCCUAGGCCUGGCGGCAGUGGGAUCCCUCACCCUGGCUACGGUUGGCCUGGGUCUCGCCAGGAGGCGCCGGGCCGCUUCCCACCCUGUGCUGUGCCCUGUGUCUGCUCCCCAAUAAAAGAAGAAAGUGACCUCUGGGGUGGAGCGUAGUGGCUACUGGGAGGGGGGCAGACCGUAAAACAGCGCCAUGGGUUCAGAAACCCAGUCUAAGUGCAGCUGUGCCUCUAGUGUCUACACAGUGGAGAGGCCAGACUGGCUUGUGAAGGCAAGCCAGCACUUUCCUGGCUUUGGGUAACACGUCCUUCCCGGGGGCAAGGCUCAUCUUCCCAGGGGCAACAAUAGUCCUGUGUCUCUAAGGGGCUGAGAUGAAAGCUGUUGGGGCUGGUGGGGUCCACCCAACUUUUGCCCUAGCUUCUAGGCUGGCCAAGCGUCUUGCGUAUCUCCGGGCCCAGUGGAUCUGGCUCUGGGGGUGGUGGAAGGAAGGAAAGAACUUCUAGUCCCCUUCUCUAGGGGCAGCGGGCAGAAAGCCACAUGUCCACAUGCCAGAGGUCCAAGGGCCAGAGGGGACCGGGUCUAGGGUAGUGGUCUGAGCAGGGCUCACCUUGCAGAGGAGCACUUCUGAGGGUGGUGAGCGUGCUGUGGCCAAGUCACUCUGAGGUGGGUGCCUCGGCAGGGCUGGGACCUGCUUCGGGCUACCUGUCACCGAGGGGAGCUGCCUCUUGGCCUUUGCCACCUUCACAUCGGUCUCCCCACAGAGGCUGCUGUCCUCCCCCAGGUCCUGGCCACAGCCCCUGGGAGUGCUCAGCAAGGGAGUGAAGCCCACGGAGCUUGUGGCGCCCACUGCAGGGCAGGUGGUCAAGCUCCCUCUGCUAGCGCUGUGAAGGCCCUCACUGUGGCCUGGCCCUUAGCUGGCUCCAACCUCACCCAGACCCCACUUCUUACUGAGUGAAGGUCGUCUUCGCUGUGGAAUCCCAGCUUUGCUAGUUACCUGCUGUGAGCCCAAGGGUCCUCAGAGGCAAAACAGGGCUGGAACCUUCUGGGCACAGUGGUUAGGCAUAAACUGAUCAGAGCCAAACGGCUCUCAAAUACACGCAGAGCAAGGUUUUGUGUGAUUCUGGGUCUGGGAGGUGCAGGAAGGCCCUUGACCUAGGUCCUUGCCCCUCCAAGUGUGGCCUGUGAGCACCAUUGGCAUGACCUGGGGAUUUGUGGGAAGGGCAGAGUUGAGGGUCCCACCCCAGACCUAAGCCUCUAUGUCUUGACAAGAUCCCCAGGUGACUCACACGUGUGUUGAAGUGUACUGGGCCAGGGGAUUUGCAUCAAGAAGGAAUCAUGCCCCCAAAGCAGGUUAUGGUGUGCUGCAUGAGGCAGUAAAAGACUAGGGGUAGGAAGGGUGGGCUUCCUGGAGGUGGCGAUCUUAGAGCAAAUCUUCAAAGACCUAGCAGGUCCUAGCUGGACAAAAUGGGGGAGAUGAGUAUGGAGGGAGGUGAGAAUGGGGAGAACCUGUGCCCUGGGGCAGUGGAGGGCCUCGAUGUCCAAAGAGGGGAGAGGGAAGCCUCAGGGCUGACGAUGGCAACGUGGAAAGGACACUGAAGUGCUCUCAUUGCCAUGGAUGGACCGUCCCCGUCAGGGAAAUGAAUUGGAGGAGCAGAGAAGGUAGCCUGGAGGCUGAGAGAAAGCCAGCCGGGCUCCCUGCCCUUGUCUGGCUUGCAGGUCACCUCAUCUGUAAGAUGGGGGUAACAGGUGACAAAUAGAAAUCAAUCAAAUAUAUUGGAGUAUAUGAGGA